UUUUGAUUUUUGGGAAUGUAUGAUUAGAAUGAAUUAAAGUCAUUCAACUAAUACGAUUUACCUGAUACAAGUGCAAUGGGACUUGCUAAUAUAAAUGAGGCUUACCUUUUUUUUUCAAAACCUUUUUGAGUCUUACGAUUUGCCGUAGUCUCCGUAACCAAGAGAAACAGGAAGCCACUUUUUGAAAGCUUUCUGUUUCUCAGCCAGGACUCAACUGUCUAUUCAGCACAACAACAUAACGCGUUAUUGGAAGUUCAGCGACCUAUGCCUUGAAUCAAAGGUCCUUAAUAAUAUUAACCGGCUUGUUUGUGAAGAGUGUCUUCGCUUACAUCUGAAACCAGGACCAUGGCUUUUCCAACGCGUACUGCUCAUUGGCCGAGUCGUGUGAGGACUCUAGAGAGGCAGAUGGUACGGCAACGGGAACAAGAGGCCCACUGGCGACAGCAAUGGCAGCUCCAUUCCAAGUACCUCAAAGAGCAAGACGUCCGGACCAGCAAGCAGGCACACUGGAGCUCCCGUCAGUCAUACGAACAGAGCAUGAGUUCAUUCAACCGCGAGCGUCUGCAAGAGGAGAAGAAACGCAGUGUGGAGGAGCGGAGGGAGCGCCUGAGAGUGAUGCUGCAGGAGGAGAGGGACAUGCUGGAGGCUGAGCUCAGACAGGUCGUUCCAGAUAGGAAUGCCCUGGCCAGUUAUCUGGUGGAGAAGACGGAAAGCCUCCGAUCUGCCAGGGAGGAGCGGAGGAAAAAGCUUGCUCAGGAGUUGCUGAGGGAACACUGGAAGGAAAACAACCCUGAACUGCGAAAGGUCGAGUCGGCGUUGCAUAAAGAUCAUGUUGUGGACCAAUGGCAGGUGCAGCAGGAGGAGAAGCAACAGCAUAAGGAGAAGGCCAAGGAGGAGCAGAGGCGCUUCGAGAACGAAUACGAGCGGGCGCGACGGGAGGCUCUGGAGAGAAUGAAGAAGGCUGAGGAGAAGAGGAAAGAGGAGGAGAAGGAGAGAGCCGAAGACCUUUGGCAGCAGAUGGAGGAGCUGAAACUGAGAGAGGAGGAGGCAAAGCGUCUGAAGGUGGAGCAGGAGGCCUUGCUGGCCCAGCACUGGGAGGUGGAGAGGAUGGAGCAUGAGAGGAGGAAGGCUGAGGAGGACAGGAAGAAAUCCAAUCUGGGGCGGUUCCUGACGCGGCAGUAUCGCACCCAGCUGAAGAGGAGGGCACAGCAGGUGCAGGAGGAGCUGGAAUCGGACCGGCGCAUGCUGGCGGCGCUGAUGGAGUCCCAGCAGCUGGAGGAGACGCUGAAGAGCGCCCGGCGGGAGAGGGCUGUGGCCGACGCCGCCUGGAUGAAGAGUGUGUUGGAGGAGCAGCUGCUGCUGGAGAAACAGAGGGAGGCAGAGUAUGAGAUCCUCUACAGUGAGGAGGCCCAGCGGAUGUGGGAGAAGAGAGAGACAGAGUGGGCGAGAGAGAAGAGAGCCAGAGAGAGGCUCAUGCAAGAAGUUCUGUCGGAGCGUCAGCAACAGCUGGAGCUGAAGAUGCAGGUGAACCGGCAGGCCCAGGAGGAGUCGCUGCAGAGGCGCGAGGAGCUGAUCGAGCAGCUGGAGCAGGAGCGCCUCAGCCGACUCCAGCAGCAGGAGGAGCAGGAGGUCCAGAAGACCUCACGUAUGCAGGAGAUCAAUGCACAGGUGGAGACGCAGCGCAGAGAGCAAUGGCAGGAGGAGAGAAGGCGGGAGCAGGAGGAGAAGGAGGAGCAAGCAGCGUUAAAGCUGGAGGAGGAGCGGGUGCAGCUGGAGACCCAGAGGAUGGCCCAGCACGGUUACCAGGAGAGGAUCAGGGGACGGCCGCGCUCUGCCUGGACCUGAGGCUUAUGGGGACAUCGUGCUUAUGGGGACAUGCUCAAAAGCUAUACUUAAUAUGUCUACACCAAAUCAUAAUCAGUUAUUUGCACAUUCUUAAGGGACUUUGUGUUGAUCAAGUUAAUAUCUGUCCUUAAUUUAUAGAUUGUUUUUUUCAAAAGGAAAUUAAGUGUGUUUUUAUAGAUGUUUGUAAAGUGUUAGUUUUUUACAAUUUCCAGAUGAUUUUAUAAUGUUUUUAUUAAAAAAGAAAAACAAGUCUAGCGUCUCAUGAAGUAAAAAAGGGAUCAAAUGAAGGCAGGUGGUAGUUAACUGGCCACGCAUGAAAGGGGUGCAUUUCAUAUCGACACACCUUAUCAAUAUUCAGAAACACUGAAUUAACAUCGAAUUACACUGGAGGUCAUUCCAGGAGCUGUUUAAUGU